AUGGCGUCACCUUUGAGAGACCCGGACCUCAGUCAAUUCAAAUAUGACGCAGAGUUUCACAAAGGCGUUGUUAUAAACACCGACUGCCGCAACGAGAAAGAGGCUUGGAAGACCGGCUCCACUCUUGGGCGCGAAUACGACACAUACUUUCUCCAUAGUAGCAAGGGCCCUGGGAAAAAAUCGUAUCGUAUGGUCAAACGUACUUAUGAAAACUCACUCAAGAGGGAGUUGGCUCCGUUGAUAGCACUGCGAGAGCAUCCCGAUUUUUUCGCCAAAUUCCUUGGAUGGUACAGUAACCAGAGGGAAGGGACCAUCUGGAUCGCCAUGGAAUACCUUAGUGGGGGUGACCUCCAGUCGUACGUUGAGAAGGACGAAGUCAGGGCCAAGGAACACUGCCGGGAAGUAGUUACCCAGAUACUAAAAGCGCUUGAAGCGAUGCAUGCCAUGGACCUGUGCCAUCGUGACCUAAAGUCGUCGAACAUACAUAUCUCAUCCAUCUCUCCACUGAGUGUCAAGCUUUCUGGCUUCGAUAUAACAGCUUGCACCGAGCCAUCAGCGGAUGUAUAUACCAAGGCGGCUGAUAUGUGGAAUUUGGGGGUGCUCACACACGUGAUGUUUACCGGAACCAUACCAUUCCCCAACCCCGGUCGCCCGGCAUCUUUCCCCGAGCACCAUUUGAUUGAGGCAUGCGCACCGGAUAUGCUAGUAAGUUUCAUAAAGCAAAUAAUGGGAUAUGAUCCAGCUCUAGUCAAACCUUUAUCUGCCUCCGAUGCUCUUCAGCACCCCUGGAUCGAUCCUACGCCUGUGAAAAUAUCAAAGGGUGGGAACUACUCUACAUAUAAAUAUGAUGCGAGCUUUGACAAAAAUACCGUUACACACACCAUCAACGGGGAUACCGAGGUCUGGAGGAGAGAUAAAAGGCUUGGGGAUGGAGGGUUUGGGGAAGUGUUCAGACAUAUUAAGGUAUCCAAUAAACAAGAAUUUCGCGCUGUCAAAUCGAUCCAGCGAUCCGUUUACCAGAACGAUAAGAAAAGUAUCAGAAGGGAGUUAAAUACUCUCAUAGCCAUGCUAAAGUACCGCGAUUUAUUCGUUGAAGUCUACGGAUGGUACGAGGACGAUGAAAAGGCAGUCUUUAUCGCCAUGGAAUAUCUCCCUGAAGGGGACUUGCAUGCCUAUAUGCUGCAGGAUAAAAACGUGCUUGUCGCAUCUAUCGUUCCCUUAAAGCUCAAGCUCUCAGACUUUGGCCUCGCAAAGUCAACGAUUCAAAGUGCUAGUUUGAUGAAAACUAUGAUUGGUUCGAAAAACUACAUGGCUCCAGAGAUGCUAGGGAUUGGCACCCUGACGGAGGGCCAUUACACUGAUGCAGUCGACAUGUGGGCUUUGGGAACACUUACCUAUGAGAUCUUUACCGGCCUACCACCAUUUUGUAUUAAGCAAGAUUGGGGUGACGAUGAUGAUGACGAUGAUGAUGAAGAUGAUGAGGAUGACGAUAACGAUAACGGUGGUGAUGGCGGCACGGCCUACUUUACGGCACUGACCAGUCCACAGGUUAAUCUCAGUUGGGGCGGGUUAGAUCAGUACUGCAGAGGAUCUCGUAAUUCAGACUUUCCAUCGCGCCCGCUGUCCGCUGCCUCGGCACCUCGCACUCUUGUAGACUUUUUAUUCUGGCUGUUGCGCCCUGCCCCACACGAGCGUUUGUCAGCCUUUGUGGCUCUUCAACACCCAUUCAUCAGAGGAAGGGACUUUGAUAAUGGUCCCUCGUGGACGAAAAAACAAUUUAAUCCUGAGGAUAUGGACAGGCCAGAACGCUACAAAUUUGGCCGGUAA